AUGGCAACUGUGUCUACGCCGCCCCGGGCCGCUAAUGACCCAAGAGAGAUGCUGACCUUGGCGGCGGCUCCAUGCCCUCCGAUGUCCGCCCCAGCUGGGCCCCAAUUUCCCGUGGACCCGGUCCUCAAAAUCCAAGGGCCAGGGAGCUCACAGCCUGCCCUGACCCCAUUUCAGGCUGCACAGCCGAUGCCGAGAGUCUUGGCAACGCAGUGCACCCAAGCGCCAACAUUUUCUGGAGCGCCACCACACAUCGCCACGGCGCAACUCCCGGGACCAGGACCCCUGCCAUCACCUCAGCUCUGCCCAACACCGGUACUACCUUACCGACCUAUCCCUGCGACCUCGGCAGCGCUUUGGGCAUCUGGCGCCCUGCCGGCCCAGAUACCCCGGCAAGUUCCUGCUCCCAGCUCAACGGAUCCGCCGGUGUCGAAGGCAACUCCUUCCCUCUCAGCCCUGGCUUCCCCACAAGAGUCCUAUGCGGUGCAGGCCUGUGGCUCCUUCAAGAUCGUGCCGCGAUCGGGCCGAUCUUCAGUUGCCGCGCCGAUGUCUCCAGUGCCAGAGGACGGAGAGGCAGAAGGACCUCGUUUGCUGGAUGCACCAAAGCCUGACGAGCAGCCUCCUGCCGUGCUGAGACCUGCGCCUGCCGUGGCCUUGGGAACCGACGCCUUCGCUUCGCAGGUCCAGGCCGACUCUGUGCGAAGCGCUGGAGCGCCCCUGAUGUCAGCUUUCUCCGCAGCACUGCCGGCUGCCACACCACAGGCGCGCCCUGCAGCGAUCUGUCCCGCGACACCGUGGACUCUAUCGCAGGCCGAGCUGCAGAUGAGUCCGAAAGAGCCGCUGCCGUCGCCCUGCAUGGCGCCCUGCUCUACAUCACCGGUCUUCCCGCAGCCGCAGGCUGAAAUGCUGCUCAGCCCCCGGACACCAUGGCAGCUGCCUCUGUCGGCGCCGAUCUCCACGCCUAGCCGCUGCUUAGAGGUCGAGUCGGUGCCCAACGCGACUACGACCCCAUCAACACCGAACCCCUUUCUGCAGGUCAUGUUUCCGACCGGGGCUGGCGGUCAGAACAUUCCGGCCGCCUCCUUGGACUUGGCCUCGUCACUACCGGCCGUCUCGCCCUGCGCGAGCUCCGCUGGGGAACCCUUACCGCGACAGGCUUCCAGGAGCUCGCAGCCACGCCAGCUCGUUUCGCGGAUGUCAUCAUCGCCUUUGGUUCCACCUGCCUUGUCGCAGCCGGCUCCGCCGGUCUCAUCUGCAAUGGACUUCCAGCUGCCGCCGCUUCCAGACUUCCCUUGGCUUGAUCCCAAUGCGACUUUGCAGCUGGAUGUGGAUGAUGAACCGCCGGAGAGACCCGAAAAAGCCACUCGAGGCAUGGCGGAUGAAGAGACCAUCGAGCGAUGCAGAGCCCUCUAUGCUUCGAAGCUGGAUGAGCAGCUGCUGCAAGGGACCAGGUGGCUGGAGCAGCAGACCGCCGAUCGCAAGGCGCAACUGCGGCGAGAUGCAGCGAUUCGUCGCCAGCAGUACGAGCAAGAGGUGGACAGCACCCUGCUGGAAGAAGUUCGCGUGGUAGUCGAACGCUGCCAUGACAGGCUUACCGAGCUGCAGGGGGAAGCCGUUCGGCAGCGGCAGCGCCUCGAAUCCGAGGCCACGUCGCUCUUGAAUGAGUCGCGGCGAUACUACCACUUCAAGGCAGAGGCGCAGAGGCUGCUGUCCACCAGCGGCCACAGCCGUCCCCUGGAGGAAGUGCCCGCGGCCAUGUCCCCAUGGAGGCCCUGGCCAGAAGAUGCGCCAGGCGGAGGGCCGAGGCAGCCAAAGCUUCAGGCGAAGCCCUUUGCACCCUUGCCCCAACCAGAGCCGGUGAACUUCUUGGAAGCGCUGAAGUCGAUGGGCCCAGUCUUCACAGGCAGCCCGAGCUCAAGCGGUCGACCAUACCCGCCGCCCUCGCCAGCAUUGCCUUUCUUAGAUCGCACGCUGAGCAAUGCCAGGCCUGAUAUCAGGACGGCGCAGGAAAUGGUCAACCAAGCGAUUCAGACAGCGGCCUCUAGCCCAGGAGGCCGUUCGCCCACAGUGCCGCUGGAAGACAUCAGCCACCUGUGGGCUCCGCCACAAACACCGCCAGCUCCCUCGGCGCCACAUGUCGUCGGCCAGUCCGUGCUCCGGCCGAUGCCCACACGCUCACCUUUGGCACAAAGCUUUCCAGGUGAGACCACAAGUGCUCUUGCAGCAACGCAGUGGCCGCUCCCCACCCGAGAGACGACCACUGUGACGCAGUGGGGGCCAGCCCCUCCGCGAGCGAUCAGUGGGCAGUUUCCAGUCCUGCCAACAGCUUUGGCAAGUCAUCCGCCGACAACGCUGGCUAGUCACCCGCAGCCAGGCCCGGUUGGAUAUGCGCCCGUGCGUCCUGGAGGUCCAGAGAACGGAAGCCCCAAGUCGGAUGUAGUGACGUCCAUCUGA